AUGGAUAACCAGAAGCUAGUAGCAAUAUGCAGACACGACUUACGAUUGGAAGAAGAUUACGACAUUGCUCGACUAAUCAGAGAGGUCAAAAUAGUACAAGAGGAUUCGAGCGACACCUAUGCCAGGCUCACUAGAAAGCACAGAAUCAAGGCUCGGGAGAUAUUGUCCGGGUAUAUGUUAGCUUGGGAAUACGUGGAAGACCUGGACGGCUCAGGUUAUGGCCAACGCUUCUGGCUGUGCGUAUUUUCGGAAUCCAUAUCUCCUCUUCUGAACCAAACCUUGAAUCUCGAGACACGCCUUGGCAGUGUUCACUCUCUAGAAGGGAAGUUGUCUCGUCCCGAUGCUCUUAUCUGGCCUGAGGAUAAGAAGAAGUGGUGUGCAAUGACAAGCUUUCAGCUCAACAUACUGAUAUAUGCUAGGAUCCUCGCGGGCGUCGAGAAGAUGUUCAACGACUUGCAGGACUAUGCAAUAAUUGACCGGCAGAAGAGGAAAUCACGGCCAACACCAGAGAUUGAUAAAAAAGCGGAUGCCGGAAAUGACCCACCUCCACCAGGUGCACAAUCAACAUUUGGACCACCAACAAAACAUGGUAGUAGAAGGGAUAAGCAACCCAAGACUGAUGUCACCCUGGUACCAUACAACGUGGCUCCUAUUGCCCAAGAUGCAAAGCCCGGCGAACGAGCCGCCAGCCAGAAGGAGGAGCCAAAGAAAGCAGCCAGCGAGGAGUCCUACGACGUGGAUCCCAAUACGCGACCAGAAGGAGCCGUCACCGACGAGUCUGGCGAAGAGACACCAUCCAGGAAGAGAGCAUUAACGCCUCCGUACAUCCCAGAAAAGGGUCUUCACCAGACAUGGCCAGCUUUCGGGUUCAAGAUCGUCAGUAAGGAAGGAGCUCGGGCUUUAAGAAACCGGGCUGUAAAGAUCGACGACUCCGAAGAAUCAACGUCUAAGACUACUCCCAUGACGCCCCGUAGAUCCAAGGGCUCGAGGGUGAAGGCGAACCGGAAGCAGGAUUCAGCAGAGAAGAACUCCAGCACUGUAUCUGCAGAGAGAAGCGAAGAGGAACAUAUCGAUAUCGAGGAGCCGAAAAAAACUGGGAAGGGCCGCCUCCCCAGCUUACCAAAUUCGCUUUUGACUCGUCGUCAAGCCGCAUCGGCGAAAGCAGCUGGCAAUGGCAGCCCGAGAUCAGAAGAUGAUUGA